AGGCUGGAGAGCGGGUUUCUUGCGUCAUGGAGAGCCGGGGGGGCUUUGUGCGCCUGCGCGCGGUUCCGCCCCCGGCGUCCCCGUGGCCGUGGCAACGGCGGCGCAACUGGCUCAGCGCCGGUCGGGCCUGGAGGCGCCGCCAUGAUCCCCCCCGCAGACUCCCUCUUGCGCUACGAGACGCCGGUGCUGGUCAGCCGUAACACCGAGAAGCGCUCACCCAAGGCUCGGCCGCUGAAGGGGACCCCGCAGUUGUCGGUGCCUGCGGGGCCCGUCUCGCCGCCUAAGGGCAAGGCGCCGUCGCCCUCGGUGGACCCCAGCAAGCAGGCCGAGGAGAUCCUCAACGCCAUCCUGCCGCCGCGAGAAUGGACGGAGGAGAACCAGCUGUGGGUGCAGCAGGUCUCCAGCACGCCCAGCACGCGCAUGGACGUGGUCCACCUGCAGGAGCAGCUGGACCUUAAGCUGCAGCAGCGCCAGGCGCGCGAGACCGGCAUCUGCCCCGUGCGGCGCGAGCUCUACUCUCAGUGCUUCGACGAGCUAAUCCGGCAGGUGACCAUCAACUGCGCCGAGCGCGGGCUGCUCCUGCUGCGCGUGCGGGACGAGAUCCGGAUGACCAUCGCGGCGUACCAGACGCUCUACGAGAGCAGUGUGGCCUUCGGCAUGAGGAAGGCCUUGCAGGCAGAGCAGGGCAAAUCCGACAUGGAAAGAAAGAUUGCAGAAUUAGAGGAUGAGAAACGGGAUUUGGAGAGACAGGUGAAUGAGCAGAAGGCCAAGUGUGAAGCCAUUGAAAAGCGGGAAUUGGAAAGGAGACAGGUGGAAGAGAAGAAGCACACCGAGGAGGUCCAGUUCCUGAAACGGACGAAUCAGCAGCUCAAGGCACAGCUCGAAGGGAUCAUUGCACCGAAGAAAUAAGCUUUGUCAGCCCAAUGCAAAAAGUGCCUUGAGGGGAAAAGGAGAAUGCAACAGCUAUAAAGAAUUUUUCCUGAAAGAGUAUAUCUAAACUGUUCCACCUCAUCUGAAUCAACAUAAAUCCAAAUACUGUUCAAAUGUCUCUUGAACAUUUAAAAAGAAUCUCAACUGGCUUGGGAUUUGUCUUUUCAAUUAAUAUUUACUGGAGGUAAAUAAUAGAGGUGCUUUUUUAAAAAACCAAGUAUUUUAGUUCUAUGCGGGAGUCUGCCCAACUGCAAAACAAAGGGUUGUACAAAAUGCGUUAAAAUUAAUCCUGACUCCUGAAAUUUGAUGUGGUUUAACUGGUGAUCACACAUCGAGAUCAACUUCUCUUUUACCAUCCAUAUAAGCCAAAAAUAGUAAGAAACCUUACUCUUUCUGCUAUUUUUGACUGUUUUCACAUCGAUUGUGUCUUUUGUAAGGAUCCCAAAUGGUAGCCAAUAGUUUUCAUGUUGUAAAUGUUUACUAUGUGGAUUUAUAAAGAUAACAAUUUCAAGAUGUAUAUUUAUCUUGGGUUAUAAACCUCUGGGCUUCAGUGUC